CCUGUCUCAGUUUUCUGAUAGUGUCACUGUCAGUUAGUGAUUAGUGUUGUAUCGUUAAGUGUGUUUGGUAAAUGACUGGGUUUAGUUCGUAGUUCUGUGUGUUCACGAAGUAUCUGGGGUUGUUUUCUUAGUUCAGUUCCUCAAUAACGUUUCUCGAAUUUCAUUUAUUGCUGUCUUAUAUCAAUUGUCAUUAUGGUGCAAAAUUAUAUGUUUGAUUACUUAAUUUGUAUCCUUUUGGAUUGAAAGCUAACAACUAAUAAAAUGAUUUUUUGGCCAAUAAAUAGAACCCAGAGAAAUUCAUAACUCAGAUAUAAUCAUGAGAUUAUAUAUUUUAUUUUAAUUUAAUCGAUUCAAACACUUUUAAAUUAUGAUGAGGCGGAGUUUGAAAGGGUUCUUUAAGUUUGUUGGACUUGGAAUUUUAACAAUAAUUACUACAGUUGUUAUCUUUCGGCAAGUACGGCCUCCAAAAGACAUAACAGGUAACUCCAACAAGGGAGUUAACCCUAUUCCACCUCCAGAAAAAUUCGUCACAAAUGUAAAUAUAAAGGAAGAUUUUUACUACUAUACAAAUGCAGUCCGUCCAAAGAGUACUAAGAUAGAUUGGCAUAAUUACAAACAAAUAGAAGAAGACAAAGCUAGAAGUGGUAAUGGAGAGCAAGGAAAGGCUGCAACACUCCCUCCCCACAUCACUGCAGAGGAGAAGGAAAAUCUGUACAAAACUAAUGGUUUUAAUGCUUUACUGAGUGAUAAUAUAUCAUUAAAUAGAUCGCUGCCUGAUAUUAGGAAAAAGGGAUGCCAAAAGAAGAAGUACUUAGCCGAGUUGCCUUCCGUGAGUGUCAUUGUUCCAUUCCACAACGAGCACUGGAGCACUCUCCUGCGCACUGCGUGGAGUGUGAUCAACCGUUCACCAGCUCAUCUGCUCAAAGAAAUUAUUCUAGUCGAUGACUUCAGUUCUAAAGAACACUGCAAGAAGCCGCUAGAUGACUAUGUGGCUGCUCAUCUGCCGAAAGUGAAGGUGAUCCACUUGCCGAAGCGGGAUGGGCUGAUUCGUGCCCGACUGGCGGGGGCCAGAGUGGCCACCGGGGAGGUCCUUAUAUUCUUGGACUCUCAUACAGAGGCUAAUGUCAAUUGGUUGCCUCCUCUACUUGAACCUAUUGCUGAAGACUAUAGGACAUGUGUGUGUCCUCUAAUAGAUGUGAUUGCAUAUGAAACUUUUGAGUACAGAGCUCAAGAUGAGGGCGGCAGAGGUGCCUUUGACUGGGAAUUCUACUACAAGAGGCUUCCACUCUUGCCAGAGGACCUGAGGAAUCCAACUGAACCUUUCAAAUCACCGGUGAUGGCUGGAGGACUGUUUGCGAUCAGUACCAAGUUCUUCUGGGAGUUAGGAGGCUAUGACCCUGGCCUGAACAUCUGGGGUGGGGAGCAGUAUGAACUCAGCUUCAAGAUCUGGCAGUGUGGCGGCCGCAUGUUUGAUGCUCCCUGCUCACGUGUGGGCCACAUCUACAGAAAGUUUGCUCCCUUCCCCAACCCCGGCAUUGGAGAUUUUGUUGGGAAGAACUAUAGGAGAGUGGCAGAGGUGUGGAUGGACGAGUACGCCGAGUAUCUGUACAAGCGGCGACCGCAGUAUCGUUCCAUAGACCCAGGUGACCUGACAGAACAAAAGGCCAUACGUGAACGACUGCAUUGCCGACCCUUCCGUUGGUUCAUGGAGGAGGUGGCCUUUGACCUGGUCAAGAAAUACCCACCUGUUGAGCCUCCAGACUUUGGCUAUGGAGAGAUAAGGAACGGGGUGGCAAACGAACUGUGUGUGGACACCAAACAUAAAGGGGCAGACGACCCGUUUGGUCUGGAAGACUGUGUGUCAGACUCUCCUGGCCGUAAGGGCGAACAGGAGUUCCAGUUGACUUGGCACAAAGACAUACGCACCAAGGGGCGUGGCAUGUGCUGGGACGUCAGUUCACCCAAUGACAAAGCUCCUGUCCAAUUAUACACUUGUCAUGGCGGACAGGGCAACCAGCUCUGGAAGUAUGAUGUGGAUAAGAAGUGGCUCGUGCACGGGGGCAACCCACGAUGUCUGGAUGCGGACUUGACUAGAAGAACCAUCUUUGUGACUACUUGUGACGAGAACUCUGAGACUCAACGUUGGGACAUUUCUAACCUCAACUACUUGGCUCUGCGGCACUGGGACGAGACAGGCCCACACUAACAUUACAGUAGCUUUAGUAUCAUACAGCAGUGAGUACGUUCGCACAAAAAAGUUAAAUCUAGGUAAACAUUGGCUGCUGCAAGGAGUUAUACUGUCUGUUGAGAUUUUGGUGAAUUUUGAAAUUUGCGUAGUGACCUUUCUUCAUGUCUCAAAUAAUUUUAUACAUUGUUUUUUAUUAUAUUUUUUAUCUAGAGGCAGCCGUUUAGCUCUAGUUUCUAGCUCAACAGCUUUAUAACACUUGCAACUUCCAGCCCAGUGUUCCAAUCCGGAAUUGGGACAUUAGGCUGAAACAUUUAAAGACCUACUAAUUGUUGCUCAUUGUAUGUUACCAGUUCCAUAUUUCUUGUUUUAAAUUUGUAAAGUAUAUAUAUAUGUGUUGUUAAUUAUUCAUGUUAUUGAAAUAAUUUUAAAAUUAUAGUUAAGUCUAUAGUGAGAUUCUAAAACAUUGCAAUGCCUUAGUUUAGUUCACUAUUAAAAUAGCAAGAAGUAAUAAAAUCUUUGUAUUACUGUACAAUUAAAGACUGUGGUGUAACUGAAAAAGAUAAAUAUUGUUAUUCUUUACUUGUACACACUUGUACAUACUUGUCAAUUAGUUUUAUUUGUAUUAUUAAGAAAUUAAUAAUAAGUGGUAUAUUAAAGUUGAUUUAAACUAGGAUUGGGAUGAUUCCAUGCAGUUUCUGAUUUAAAUUUAAUUUAACUUGGAACGAGUCAAUAUUAAAAAUAAUCCAAUUCAGAUAGUUUUAGAUUUUCAUUUGAAACAUAUUCUAAUUGCAGAUUUUGGAUUUGAUUCCAAUACUUGGAUACAUGUGGCAUGACUAUACUACAAUAUCUUCAUUUAUCACAAUUUUGGUAUUCUCAUUCAUACAAACACUCGAAAACCAUCUAAAAUGAUUGAACUGAGAAAUAUUGAAGUUCCACAACUUUUUGUUAUUUUCUAUUUCAUUUGUAGUUGGGUAAGAUUUAGCAAAGUCUAUGGUUCGAGAGGUUAGAUAAAUUUUUUUCUAUUUAUCUGUCUGUCUGCUCGUUCUCUCGAAAAUGAAAUGAUCUAAGACUUGUAAAAAGCUUUGUUUUUAAGUGAGCAGAACUGAGUUUGCUACUUAGAGAUUACUUCCAUGUGAUUUGGCUGAGUGUUAGCAAAUACUUUUUUAUUGGUUUUAUGGUUAACCAUGAUGCCAACGAGAAAAUAGCAGAAUAAAUAAAUUUUUAAACAAACUGUGUAUGACCAUGUGUGUUUUGGACAUGUGACAUUUUUAUUCAUACAGUAAAUAAAAAAAAGUAAUAAAGUGGAAAGCUACUGUUAAAAGUCGGUGAAAAGAUUUGUUUUCAGUGCACUAUUGUGCUCUAGUACCCUCCCCACCUCAUCGGGGCUUUUAUUAUUGAAAAUUGAUGAUACCUUAAGAAUUAAGUGGUUCCUGAGUUACGAAUUGGAAUUGGCUCAUUCCUAAUUCAAAUCUAAUUCAGAUUUAUCAGCUUAUGUCACUAUUACACAAAGACAAAAUGUCUUAUUUUAGUUUAAUAUUUAUUAUGUAGUAUACCCGAGUUAAAAUUGCAUAGUCACUGUUGUGACACUAAUGCAUAAAUAGAUUUAGGGUUUCUAAAAGCCAAAAGUUUGUUGCGCAAAUCAGGCCGUAUGAAACACAAAGCCCUUUCACAUACUGUAUUGUGUUAAGAUAUUAUACUAAAAAUUAUUAUACUAAUUGAGUAUUUUUUGUGAAUAAGUGAGUAAAUCCAUAUGACAUAAUAUUUAUCUAUUCAACUUUUCAUGUACAGUAGAUCUCCCUAAUCCAAUAAAGGGGUGGUUACCAUAUAUUGAUAAAACACAUUUUAUUUUCUCUGUUAUACAUUUUUGCUAUGGUGCACGGCCUCACUUUAGUUGUCACGGGCUUGUGACACCUAAAGCGUAGUAACUCCUUUCUGUCAUAAUGAAUUAUUGUAAUUUUAAAUCAUUUGAAUGAGACCUGAUGUUUCUAUUGUAUUUUCUUUUCUAGUAUUUAUUUUUGUUUUGUUUUUUUUUUCAGUUAUCCUGAUAGCAUUAUUAUAUGAAUAGUAGUUCUAUGUAUAUAAUGUUGAUAUCUAUCAGUUUUGUUUAGAUCUUUUUUGGUGUUGGUGCGAUUUACUAGUGUACCAGAUUAAAUAGAGUGGAUUACUUGAGCGCAAGCUGGCCGACCGCCAGCUGGUACCGUAAAAACCAUGAAAAAGCCGUGAAUUUGAUGAUUAAGAUUGAGUGGGAACCCUGUGUCCAAUAUAUUUAAUAUCUAUGUUUUCAUCUUUGAACUGUGAUUAUUUGUUCCAUAUCAAGUUCUAUUUUUGCUUGAGCUAUAAACUCUUUGUGAUGCAUCACAUGGUGGAUGUUUACAUGCAGUGUAUGAGCGUUUGUAUGUGGCUUGUGAAUGUUGACAUACAGCAUUAUCACCUGUGCCACAUUAAGUUGUUGUACCACAUUCAUUCGUUCGAGCUCUAGAUGCAGUGAGCUCCGGAUAUGACUUUUCAUGAUGCAUGUAGAUGUAUAUUUGAUGUGGUUUGAUCAUUCAAGUGACACAUUAAUUUUUUGAGAGAUCAAAACUGUUUGGUUAAUUGUUUCUUUUUGUAAAGUACAAAAGUUUUAAAUGAUAGUUAAAAUUGAGGACUGUUUUUGAUGCUUUAAUAUUUGGAACAUAACCAACAAAGGAAAUUCAUUCAGUACAUUUACAAUUAUAAUAAGUCUGUUGGUGACAUGUAUGUAAUAGGCUACUUCUCCCACCAAUUGGAAGUGUCCAACUGAAUGUCUUGGAUUGUGGAGAGUAUACUGUACAAUGCAUUUAUAUCAAACAACCAUAACGAUUAACUACUUAAACUACUUGUUAAUGUAAAUGUUAAAUCAUUUCCAAAUGUUAAGUAAAUAUGUAAAAUUAACUAAAGCAAGUAAGUGUACAUAUUUUGUUAAGUGAAUUGAGUUAGUUAUUUUCACAAAAAAUGGUGCAAUUAAUUUUAAUCUUAUGGUUAUUGUACAUUCUCUGUGCACAAAUAUUCUCAUUGUGUGUUUUUAUCAUCACCACCUUCCUUUAGCACUGCUUUCCUCUUCCUCAUUAUCCAAAACAUGUAACUCAGUCAGUCCAAGAAUUACUGUAUAAAUUAAGUUAUGCUAUUUCAUUAACUGCACAAAAUGUAUGGUUCCUUAUUAUAAAAUGUGUUCUUAGCAUACAUUUUACAUACAACUGUGGUUAAAUUUUAACUUUUUUUGUAAAGCAUUAUUACAUUGCACAAAGUUAUUUGUUGACAUUUUGUUAUGGUCUUGUAAAUGAAAGAUACAAAUGAUAAGUACGUUUACUAAAAGAGAAAAGAGAAUUGUUAAUUUAGUUGGAUUGGAAACUCAUUCGUUUAAUUCAAUGGCAAAUAAUAACUAACAUAUUAUAAUAUCAUUCUCAUGGUAUUAAAUGCAUAAUAAAUUGAGGGCAUACAUUUUUUAGGAGUGUAAAUGACAAAACCUGUACAUUAAGUAAUGUUUGUAAAUACAGUAGAUAACAUUUAGUCAACUGUUGAAGUUAAUGAAACUCAAAUAAUGUAAAUGUUACAUCGUGGUUCUAAAAUGAGUGGUACAAUGAUGUACUACAACUUGUCGGAUACAACUUACCCUAACUACUAUCAUCUUGAGAGUUGCCUUUAGAGAAACACUAGAUGUCACCUAUCUGAGCCUUGAAUAGCUCCAACUCUUGUCCAUUUAUGUGCCUUAUAAACAUAUUAUUAUUAUACCUGCAAAGCUGAGAUAACGUAAAGCAGACACCGAUCACAUGUUUAUUUUUUCAAAGGGAACCAUCUCUAAACAUCAGUAUAAUGUU